UUGUCAUUAUCGGCUAGCUAGUUUCUCUCUCUUCUGGUUAUAUAUGGUAAAGGAAGAAGAGGAUACAUCACACCAAACAAAAAAAAACAUAUCAAACAUCAAUCAUUGUACGAUUGUAAGAAAAGGGAAGAUGGUUUCUGUCCGUCUAGUCGACCGGCCUGAUUCACCUGAAGAACGACCUGUCGGAUCUAUACCAGAGAUGAUGUUUGCAGUGGGGGAAGAACCAGUUGGUGUGCGUGUGCUGACGUAUCUUUCAUCCGGAGCCAUCAACCGCAUCUAUAAGGCGUUGGAUGAAGACGAAGUUGAAAUCAUACGUGGCUCCGCCUUUGGAAAAAUUCUAGAAAUUGUUAAUAAACCGGUUUUCUCUGGGAGAUUUGCUAGAUACAUACUAUCUAGACAGCUGAAGACCAAAAAAAAACACGAGGCUUGGUUCCGAUUUGCCGGCAAACCAAUUCGUUUCUCACUCCGAGAAUUUGCAAUCGUUACAGGACUUCCAUGUGGGAAAUAUCCUCUGAAAUCGAAGAUGAAGCUCAAAGCAACUAUUGCGGAAAAACCUUACUGGCCGUCGUUGUUCGGAAAAAUGGAUGUAGCGACGGUUGCAUCCGUCAUAAGGAUGUUGAGGAAGCAUACAGUUGAAGAUAGGAUUGUACGAAUCAAAUACGCUUGCCUGGCGAUUUUGUCCUCUGUGCUUCUCCCAACAAAUGUGAAGAUGAAAAUAUGUAGAGAACACGUUGAAGCUAUUGAAGAUCUAGAAGAUUUUUUUUCUUAUCCGUGGGGAAGAUUAGCCUUCGACAUGCUGAUGACAAGUAUUAAAGAGCGCGAUGAGAUAGCUUUGUCUCAGAACACCAUUGCUGUGAAAGGUUUUGCUCUGGCCUUACAGCUGGUAAUGGUUGAGGCGGUCCCAUGUCUCAAUGAAGUUAUUCAGGAAUCAUGUUCGUCAUCUGAAGGCGAUAGCGAAGAUGAUGUCGACGACAAAAGUGCUAAACCAAGGAGAAAGACUCUGAGUCCGGCUCAUGCCAGAAACAUUGAUAAACGAAGUGAUGUUCUUGUCAGAAGCAUCAAUGAUGAGGACCCCCUGAGACCAAUAGACGAGUCGCAGUUGGUUUGGUCAGAUGAAGAAGAUGAUGAGAAGGUUGACGAGAUGGUAGUUCUCAUCAAUAACAACUUUGUGUUCACCAAAUCUAUGUUUGUUGGUGGGGUAACUAAGGUAGAUGUCGAUCGGAUGAGAGAGUCUGAAAAUUUGUCCUCUAAGUUAAAGAAACCGAAGAUACAACCUCCUCUUAAUAUGUCAAACGAUCCAAGUUACAUUGCCUCGCUAGUGAUCGAAAAUGUUAGACCAGAGUUUGUAGCAAUGGAGGGGACUAUCUUAAGAGCUUGUAAGCGGGUUGAUUCAGUUGAGGGGUCUAUAGUUGGAUUAGUUGAGGGGGUUCUUGCGAAAUUUAAAGACGAAAUUCUGCAUUCAGUAAGAUGUUUGGUUGGUCAGUUGACAAAAGACAAUGAAGGUGGGCCCUCUACGAUACCUGAGAAGGGGAGAAAUACUGCUGCUAUGGAUAAAGGAAAUAUGCGGGGAUCUAAUGUAAGUCCUCUGAUAGAUGUAAAUGGGGAAAUUAUUCGUAACAUUCUUGAUAAUCUUAGUGCCUAUUCUACUCCUCCAGCAUCCCCACGUUUAAGUCUGGGGGAGAAUCCUAGUCCCACAAAGAACCAUGAACGUAUAGAUCAUCCUGCUGCUGUGGAUAAUGUUCAUAACAGUUUUGCACUCUCAGCUCACAGCGAGAAUCAUCGUAGGUCUUUAGAUCUUAAUCAGCCAUUGGAGGUUGAAAAUAGAUUUCCUAUAACCAACAUGGAAGUACCUUCGUUCUCUCUAGGCCUAACUCAGGAAGAACCGUUGGAAGUGGCUGCUGGUAAUACAGUUAAUGUCGUUGACAACACUGAGGAUCCACAACAGUCUCGGAAAAGCAAGAGACAAAAGUGUGUCCCCCAAGCCCUGGUUGACGAUUAUGAGUGUGGUCGUGAGAUCGUGUCACGUGUGAGAAAAUCACAGAAGUUUAUUUUUGCAUUUGAUGACAGAACAGAGAUUGAUAGGCACUAUGGGAGGCUUGUCAAACAAGUAAAACGAGACGUUCUGAUAAAGGUAGGCGGAGUAUCGGUUUCAGCUAAAGACAUCCUGUUAAUUGCGGAGAGAAAGAGGCAUCUAACCUCAAAGGUUGUUGACAUACUUAUUCGUUUGCUCGAAUUUAGUAUUCAACAAAAUUUUCAUCCUGAUUUCUCUGAGAGGGCUGUAUAUCUUGACAGUAGAUAUACUGCUGGAGUUGGUAGGAGUUAUCCAAGUUUCUGUAAGAGCCGGAAAAAAAUAUCCUUUGUUUUUCCCAGGGGAUUGGUUGAAGAAUUCGAAGAGGAGAAUGUAUCUAAUGUCCAGAGUAGAAGGUAUUACUUCCCAAUAAAUGUUUCCAGGAAACACUGGGUGGGUUUAUGCGUCGAUCCCCUCAAUCGGAAAAUUACUGUUCUUGACUCCAACACCUCCCUUUUCUCUGAUUCGAUGAUGGAAAAAAAUCUACACUCUCACUUCCUAAUGCUACCGUAUCUUCUUAGACUGGCUGGACAUGCCCUUCAUGGGGAUGAAUCACAACGUUUACAAUUUGAGCGACCAAAAGGCCUCAGUCAGACAGAUCAUCCUUUUGCAAGCGGAUUGAUGUCUGUGCUAUUAAUGGGUACUCAUGCUGUCCACGGUAUCGAAGCUUGCAAGAACAUCAAUUCCAACAUUCUUGCGGAAGAAGGCAAAGCUGCUGCUAUCAUGGCUUUCGAGCUUAAUGAGAAUCUUUGAGGUGUAAGAUAAUUACAAGUUGAUGUAUGAUAUCAAUUCCUUCUAUGUUGCAUGCUUGUAAUAUGUUUAACAGAAAUAAGACUCUUGUAAUCUAACUCUUGGUCCAACCUCAGUUACUUUAACCGUCAUCACUAUUGGGAUAUUUUAAAACAUCAACAACAAAUAAACCUCUCAUAAGGGUAACCAUCUCAUAAGGGUAACCGUGAAUCUUAGUCCGACAUUUUCAACGAUAACCGGUAUUAAAUUGCCAAAAUUUCAAAUAGUUCCGGAUACCGGUUUAACCGGUAUUAAAAUCCUAAAAAUUAAAGUAUAACCGUUAUUAUACUUUCUACUAUAUAUGGGGCGUAAUACUUUCUCCCCUUAAACCGGUUAUACGUCUAAUUUUACAUUGCUUUGUCAAGUUAAUGUGCAUGUCAAAGUUGUGCCUGUUUAAAAUCUUGUUGUAACAACUUAAAACCAAAGAUUCAAUUUAACAUAAACACAUAAUCCACCAGACAGAGAAACAAGUAAACAAGUUUGAGAGUAGACCGUUAUUAAACACACAAGGAGAGUGAAAGGAGAUAGAGAACAAAAGCAGAGAAAGAUAAACAACCUUGAGAGUAGACCAUUAUUAAACACAGGAGGAGAGUGAAAGGAUAAAGAGAACAAAAGUAGUGAAAAUGAGGCAGCAUGUAGAUAUCUACGUAACCACAUCCAUGAUCAUUCUGCUAAUUUAUCCGUGAGGUAGAAGCAAUGUCACCUGCUUAAGAAGACCAAGCAACGAAGUUAAACCUGAACCAAUCUAGUUAAAGAUAGAAGAACCAACUCAAGCUUGUCAAUGGAUAAUACUCACCACUCUUUCUCCUCAAGUGUUUGUCUUUGCCCAGAAAUUCUGAGUCCGCUUUUCUUUCCGGACAUACACACAGCAAUGGAGUAGUUUUCCCAUCUCCAACGACAUUAAAGAUAAUAACUUCCCCUAUCUCGCAUCUGUUAUCGACAGUGAACUUUCUCCACCCUCUUGUGAUGUAAUAGUUACCGCCAGAUUGGCUAAAUCGCAAACUGACCUUCCAUGAUUUACCAUCUUUGUUCACUAGUA